AGUCCCUUGUGCAGCGAGCUGCAUCCCCCUUUUAUGCUUGCUCCGGGCUAGUGUCCGCCGCAGUCCCGUCCGGCAGUCGGGAGGAAACUUCCAUGCUAGAAUAUUGUCACCUCCACUUCAUCAUUCAGCAACAUUUGACACUUCAAAGCCUGGAGCAGCCCUUACUGCUGCAUGACUCUGCCUUGAAUUGACAUACGAGACAUCUUAAGCAGUCUUUCUCUGCUUACGGAGCCAAGGGAUUUGUUACGAUGGAUUUCUCAUGGACCUGUGCAGUGCGUGUUCAGCAGAGCCUGCUCUAGCCUAAGAACUGACUAAGUCAAGACAAUCAAGAUGACAAACGAACCUAUUAAAGAGAUCCUGGGUGCUCCAAAGCAUCCUGAUUCUGUAACCACAGAGAAGAGUAAUAACAAUGACACUGUGAUAACCACCAUCCCUCUUGUCAGUGAAUGCCAGCUGACUGCAGCAACAGGAGGAGCAGAACUCUCCUGUUACCGCUGUACCAUUCCUUUCGGUGUGGUUAUCCUCAUAGCCGGCAUUGUGGUUACUGCUGUGGCAUACAGCUUCAAUUCCCAUGGAUCAAUCAUCUCAGUGUUUGGAUUAGUCCUCUUGUCAUCAGGACUCCUUUUGCUGGCUUCUAGUGCAGUGUGCUGGAAAAUCAGGCAGCAAAACAAGAAAGCAAAGAGGCGGGAGAGCCAGACAGCGCUUGUGGCAAAUCAGCGAACCUUGUUUGGUUAAAGACAACCAAGAGAAGGCUGGACAGAAAACAGAACCUUUGUAAGUCAACUUGGCUAUUUAUCAAUAGGAGAGAUUGCAUGUUUUAAUUUAACUUUGGAAAUGAACUGAAAUGAAAAUGGAAUGGAUUAAGAAAGACUCCUAAAAACUCUGCAAGUGCUCUUAAUAUUUUUCUUACUGCAGACUUGGUAGUGAUUCUUUCCAUGGUGGAAGAAAAAACACUUUUCCUUCACAGAAAACAGUGUCGUCAUAACUGCAAUCAUCAUAACUGCGUUCUCCAACAUGCUGAUCAUGUUGGAAAGGGAACUUGUGAGAACUGAGAAAAUAAUUUGAACUGACUUGAAAUGCCAGAGAUCUCCUUAAAGUACACACUGUGACAUUUGACCAAGGGAGAAGUCAUAGCAUUUGAAGUGACUACAAGGUUAUGGCCAGAUUGUUUGUGACUUAAAUUGUAGCUCAAAAAAA